GCCGUCGUAGCAUAAUUACUGCGGGUACCAGCCGGAACAUGCCUGCCCAAUAAAUGCAAAGUUCUUUUGUUCUAGACCAAUAAGAUCCGUGGUAACGUUGGAUGCGGCUCAGCCCCGAGGACCCUCCCCGGACCCCGGCAACGUUAUCUCGUAGCGUCAGCAACUCACAAAUCACGCGAGUGUCUUGUCUCUCAGACAUCGCGAAAGCGCGGCUCUUUUCCCCAAUCAUCAACUUUCCUCCCUUUCUUUUCAGCCCUACUGUGAUUGCCACCUCUGUUAGCCAUGUUUUCCUCCUUUGCGCAUCAUGAGAGCCCUCGCGAAGGCCCUUGCGAAUACCUCCUCGAAACCGAAGCGAGUGUGACGACGCUUGUACCGCCGGCCGCCGCUCAAUGCUCCAGUAACAUGGACACUCACUCUCACUCAAGCGGCAUUAGCCUUGUCAAGAGCACGCCGUACGCCACGGAAGAGGUCUGGAAGGUCAUGCAAGCCACCAUUACCCGACUGUACCAAAGCGAAGGCAAAUCGUUAAAGGAGGUUAAAGCCAUCAUGGAACGCGACCACUUCUUCUUCGCCACAGAAAGAAUGUUCAAGUCCCGCAUCGUUCGAUGGGGCCUAGACAAGAAGCUCAAAGAGCCAGAGGUCCUGCACAUGCUAGAACUUAAGCGAAAGCGCCAAGCGACGGGGAAGGACUCACGCUUCAGCAUCGAAGACCAGGACGUCGACUGGGACCGCGUAGAGCAGUACCUCAAGCGCAGACCGGACCUGGAUUCCAAGCAAAAACACACGCCAACCAAGAGCGCUACCUUGAAACGGAAAAUCACCUGCAGGACACCCUCCCCAUCUCCAAGGCAAAGCCCAGCGUCACACGCCUCCGCAGCCCCUAUCAUCAUCACCCUCAUCCCCUCUCUGCCAUCUCCAUCUUUAGAAACCGACAUCCAAGCAGACGUCCUCCUCGUCUUCAGCACGUACCACACAUCCGCCUUCCAAACCGGCACAUGGGUCCUCGACGACGCCCACCUCUGCGAACACGACUUCAUCCACGUCGUACAAAUCCUCACCGAAAUAGGAAAAGUCCCAGGCCUCCUGGCGCGAAAACAGAUUCCUACUGGCCUACGAACCCUCCGCCGCGCGCUGAGUGCCUUUCGUCACGUCCUCUUGAUCCGUGAGCCGCGGUUCUACUACUCCAUGCUCGUGAACAUCCUCACACUACAGGGUAACGUCCAGGUGCUGGAGUACUCUAUCCGGUACAUCUACGCCAUCCACUGUGAAAUUCUCGGCGAUCGACACCCGUUGAGUAUAGUCUGGUCUAAAAUCAGAGACCUCCCGCAGGAAACCCGUCUCGAGACGUUGAGGAGUGUAUUCGCCGUCAUCUGUGUCCAGUUCGAGGCCGAGCAGGCAGCGGCAUUUAAAAGCGAACACGCGUUAGACGUGCUCAUCAUGAGGUGUUCCCUGCUCCGCCUUCUCGGCAACGUGGAGGGGGACGAGUUCGGCGCCGUCAUCAGGGGCUACACUGCUGCCGCCACGGAAGCGCUAAAACAAGACGACUAUGAGUUAUCCUGCAGGAUCCUAUUGGGCGUGGCGACUGCGCUGCUGGAUGCUGGUGACGUCGAACAGGCGGAGAGGACGUUGUGCCAGAUUGGGUCUACUAUCAAGGUCCAAUCUAGGGUUGCUGCACGUGGUACCAGAGCUAGCAACAGGCAGCAGCAGCAGCAUCAGCAUGACAUGGAGCAACUGCUUGAGACCCAGCAACUUGAUCGCUGCUCUGCGAGUUCGUUAUGCUCACAAAUGACUCGCUAUAGUGAAGGGGCCAGUGAGACGAAGAUUAUAUACGGGUAUUAUAAAGGACUCUGGGAACCGUGGAGCAGAUGGUCUCCCGUGGUAGUGAAGAGGGUUCUUGACACGCAUCGUCGAGCACGGGAACAAGAUGUGUGGGCUGCGAGGCUGUGGGCGGACGUUCUGCUUUCUGUGCGGUGAUGUUGUUGAUAAGCUCUGAAGCCAUUGUCAACCAAGUCCAAGACAGGUCAGGAGAGGGAGGUUGGUAUCAACCGCACAGAGUGACCCAUGUCGCCAUCUUAGGAUCUACUACCCAACCUCGCAGAAGGUACAACAGUAACACAUUCACAUGGGACUGGGCUGUUUACGGAGGUGGAGUCAAAGUAAAGUCAA